UUUCGGUAAUACUCUGAAUCUCUCUAUAUAUUACUUGCAAAAGUUGAUAUAAACAUCAAGACUUCUUUCACUCCAAAACCAAAUACAAAGAUAGGUGGAUAAUUUUGUAUCAAUUCUACCGGGAUGGUGAACCACAACGAUGAUGAGCAAAUUCCCAAACUGGCCGCAGAAGAAGAAGCAGAUCUUCAAUUUGAUGGGAACACGGCGGGAGCAAGAAUCAUCAACAAACGGACGGCACCAUUGGUGGAAAACCAAUUCAAGGUGUUGCUGGAGCUCAAGGGGGUAGCAGAAUCUGGAGAGGGCAGAUUAGGCGUUGAUCUUGUGACCAUCUUAGAUAUCAGUGGUAGCAUGAACAAGGAAUCCAGAUUAUCGAAAAUGAAACUAGCGAUGCAAUUCUUGCUUCAGAAACUUGGUCGAACUGAUCGUCUGUCUGUCGUUACUUUCAAUUACGAGGCCAAUAGGUUGUGCCCGAUGCGCCUGAUCACUGAAAAUUCUCGAGCAGAAAUUGCAGAUAAGGUCAACGCAUUAGAAGCCGAAUACACCACAAAUACCGAAGAUGGCCUCAGAUUAGCCUUAAAAAUAUUGGAAGACCGCACUCUCACAAAAGGGCGUCGUGCUGCCAUCAUGCUUAUGUCAGACGGCCAAGAAGAUAAGAACAGCAAUGCUUCCAAUGUUCCUGUUGGCAGGGUCCCGGUAUACACCUUCAGUUUUGGAGCUGACGACUUUGAUCCAAAGGUAUUCAGUGACAUCGCCAGCAAUAGCUAUGGAGGAAUGUAUACACCUGUCCCCGACUUGGAUGAUUUGAAUGUUUCAUUCUCAGCGUCUCUGGCUGGGCUUCUCAGCGUGGCCAUUGACGGCCUAACGCUAACCAUUAUACCAGCAAAGGGUUCUAGCAAAUUCACUGAGAUAAACGCCGGAAACUAUAAACAAACAGGGAACAUCGAGGAUGAACCUGUAACUGUUACAUUUGGGUCACUGUACGACCAAGAGACCCGCAAGGUCCUUGUGGUCCUCACUCUCCCAGAGGUUAAAGGGCGAUUAGGCGCUAACAUUCUCGCUAUGGAAUACAAGUACAGGGUUGGUGUGAACGAUACAUCUAAGUUUGAUCAGAGAACCAUAAAUAUUACUCGCACUGAUGCGUCAACCAUGGUUGAGGAUGAGGAGGUGCUGGCAGAGGAGAAGCGUAUCAAUACUGCAAAGUCGAUAACAGCAGCAAGAUUAUUGGCUGAUAAGAAGGAGCUAGAGAAGGCAAGGGAAACGCUAAAUGAUGCAAAAACAUCACUCUCAGAGGUUGAUGCAAUACUGACGGCUCAGCUGGACAAGCUCCUCGAAUUUAUGGUGUCCCAAGACACUUACGACAAACAAGGGCGUGCCUAUGCGCUUGCUCUUGAGGCCGCUCAUGCUUCCCAACGUCCUAACCCUAGUGCUGCCGGUAUGUUCAACACUCCCCUAAUAGACCUAUUCGUUGAACAAGCCCAGUUAUUUGACAAGCAACCCACCAAUUAUAAAGUACCCACAGCGGAGAAGGAUAAGAGAAAUAUCACAAUUAAAAGGAUCGAAAGGACCCUUGCCUUACUCGAACAAAUCAGAAUGAGAUACGAGCCAUUUCCAUAAUUUUCAUCAUUGGAUGCAUUCAGGGUUCAAAUUAAAACGUUGCAAUGCCUUGUCAUGCCAGAGUGGAUUACUUGUUGGAGACACUCGCUGCCCAUACCUUUGCGUUGGAGUUCAUCUUUCACCGAAUAAGAAGAGACCUUUGUAAUCAUUUAUAUGAUGAACGUAUACAUCAUAAUCGUGUUUUUAUUUCAUACUCCGUUUAAGUAAAAUGUGAAGUAUUGGUGUAACUAUCGUUGUAUUCAUCGUUUUUAAUUUCGUAUAUUGUGGAUCCAUUGUAUGAUUCUGUUUGGGAUAUUAUUGUUUUAUCCUUUUAUUUUUA